UGUGUGUCAGAAAGCUUUCGGCUUAUGGAAAAAAUUGGGUGAGUAUAUGAAGAAGGAGACACCGCGCCACACAAAUCAUCCACCAGGCCCAAGCUGUUGACAAGGAUACUCAUUUUUCCUUGCUGCUGCGCUCUUUCUAUCCUCUUCCCAGAGCCAUUGAUACCCAUUUGUUCAAGCCAAGUAGCUAUGGAGUUCAAUUUUUGGGCCUCAAGGGUUCAUCAAGCCGCCAUGCUUCAUUCUGGUAACCAUAUAAUUCUGGAUGAUUCGGAUGGAGAAGAUGAUUCAGGAGCUUACUUUUCAUGCCCUUACUGUUAUGUUGAUAUCGAAUUUCCAGUACUCUGCAGCCAUUUGCAAGAACAGCACUGCUUUGACUUCAGAAAUGCAGUUUGUCCCCUAUGUGCAGCCAGUCUGGGGAAAGAUGCACUUGGCCAUUUUAUAGCUCAUCAUUCAAGCUCCAUAAAGAGAAGGAGAAGACCAGAGAGAUCUGUCUCUUCUGCAUUUAAUUCCAAGAAGCUGACAAGAAAGAGCAGGGGGAGUAAAAAUGGAUCUGCACCUGAUCCGCUUCUACCGUUUAUCUGCAGAAUUCCUUUCUCAGACACUGAAUCCAUCGAUCGAGACAACCGUUCUGUGAACGAUGCCUCGGUCGCCACUGGUGUCGAAAGUAAUAGGUCACAGUUGCUGGAAAGAAACAAGAACAGUGAAGAGUUGAAUCAGAGAGCAGCUUUUGUACAACAAUUGAUCACAUCAACCAUUUUCUAGGUCUUUUCCCAUCGCCUGUUGAUAUUCAUCACUCACUAAUCAUCUGCCGGGGAAGCUGUAUCCAUCUGCAUAGUGUUCUUCCACUGGUGCUUCAUUUUGAUAGGAAAUAUUUCAGAUAUCAGUUAAGCCAGAACAAGUUUGUGUUCAACUGUCCGUUCAUACAAUGUGGUAAAAGCUGCUGUUUUACAUAUACAUACAUAUAUAUAUAUAUAUAUAUAUAGAUCUAUCAUAGUGAACUUGGUAGAAAACUCGAUCUUCUUUAA